UUUAUGUCUGUUUCUUUUAUAUUUAAAUUUACUUUUACUAAACAAGCAAAUCGAAGCUAUAAAAUCUAAUAAAAAUAAACAAGUUUUUAAAUAUAUAGAAAUUCAAUUAAUAUAAAUUUUAAAAAAUGGCGGGGAACUUUUGGCAAAGUUCGCACUCUCAGCAAUGGAUUUUAGAUAGGCAAGAUUUGAUACGUGAGCGACAAUAUGACUUGCAGGUGCUGACGGAAGAUGAAUACCAAAAAGUCUUUAUAUUUUUUGCUAAUGUAAUACAAGUAUUAGGUGAACAAUUAAAAUUGCGCCAACAAGUUAUAGCCACAGCAACAGUGUAUUUUAAACGAUUCUAUGCGAGGAAUUCAUUAAAAAAUAUCGAUCCUCUACUAUUAGCGCCAACAUGCAUUUUACUCGCCUCGAAAGUUGAGGAAUUCGGUGUAAUAUCAAAUUCACGUUUGAUAUCAAUUUGUCAAUCAGUUAUUAAGACAAAAUUUAGUUAUGCUUAUGAACAAGAAUUUCCAUAUCGUACCAAUCACAUUUUGGAAUGUGAAUUCUAUUUAUUGGAGAACUUAGACUGCUGCUUGAUUGUGUAUCAACCAUAUCGACCAUUGCUGCAACUGGUGCAGGACAUGGGACAGGAAGAGCAUUUAUUAACUUUAAGUUGGCGCAUUGUUAACGACUCACUGCGUACGGAUGUCUGUCUGCUAUAUCCUCCAUAUCAAAUUGCUAUUGCAUGCCUGCAAAUUGCCUGCGUUAUACUGCAGAAGGAGUACACGAAGCAAUGGUUUGCUGAACUUAACGUUGACUUGGAUAAAGUGCAAGAGAUCGUGCGUGCAAUAAUUAAUUUAUUUGAGUUGUGGAAGGAGUGGAAUGAAAAGGAAGAUAUCAAGAAGCUAUUGGCUAAAAUACCAAAACCAAAGCCUGCACCACAACGUUAACUUGAAUAUAAACCAUAACUACUGGAAUAUGAACAAUAUAUUUUAUGUGCAUUUUAUUUAUUAUAUUAAAGAUAUUUUCUAAUUUCCGUGAAAUAUAUACUUCUUAAGAAUAUUUUAAAUUAUUUUUAAAAAUUAUUUAUAAAAUCAUUGUUUACAUAAAUUUGUAUUUAAAUUUGCAUAUAAUUUUUAGUGAAACAAUUUAAAACAAUUAUCAGUAAAAUUUAUAAAUAUCUGGUUUGC